ACUGUAUGGGAAGCUCAGAUCUUGCACACGCAUCACCAUGCUUCUGCGGGUGGAUGUGCAGGGCUCUCGCACGCGUGUGGAAUUAGCAAGCUCAUCCUUCGUCGUUGCAGCGAAUGAGUCGAACGAGCGGGCCAGGAAGCAUGGCGAGUAGUUGCCUUGGCUGCGCGGCGUGUAAGGCUCUCCCGCUCUCCCCUUUUAUGUUCUCAUUUCCUCUCCUUCGCCUCAAAAAAUCGAUGGCCGUGCUCCGCAGCCCUACCGCUCUCCGUGCUGUCUCCUCAUCAAACCCUAGCCAGCCUUCUUUGGUCGUCUUCUCAGGUGGAACUGCAUUUAAUGGUGUUGUGGAAGAAUUAAAAAAGUUUACAACUCGUGUCGCACAUGUUCUCCCUGUUUCUGAUGAUGGUGGAAGUACGGCGGAGAUCGUUCGUGUCCUAGGUGGUCCUGCAGUUGGAGACAUACGAUCGAGAUGUUUGAGAUUGUCAGAUGAAAGCACUGCUGAAGCUCUUGCUGUACGGAGGUUGCUUGGUCACCGUUUACCUCUCGAUUCUCUACUAGCGAAAUCAGAAUGGUAUAACAUUGUUGAAGGAGAACAUUCUCUAUGGAAAGGUGUAUCAGGACCUUAUAGGGAAACAAUUCGUGCUUUUCUGGUUUAUUUUCAAAACCAGAUCCUGCGGCGUUCAAGUGAAUCUUUUUCUUUCAGCAAUGGGAGCAUUGGAAAUUUCUUUUUUGCAGGGGCACGCAUAUUCUUCCAGUCUUUAGAUGCUGCAAUAUUUUUGUUUUCACGUGUUUCAGAUAUUCCCACAGAGAGUCUUGUUCUCCCUGUGAUUUCAACCAAUGACAGACUCACGCUAGGUUGCGAAUUAUGGGAUGGAACUAUAAUACGUGGUCAAAAUGAAAUUUCUCAUCCAACUACUGGUACCAUGGAACCCAUAAAUAAGGAAUGCUCUGCAGCUCCAACACUGCCCUCAAGAAUAAAGCGGGUAUUCUACAUGUCAAGCGAGGGUAGAAACUUGUUGCAUGAGGUCUUCCCCAUGGCUAACCCUACAGUCCUCGAGCAGUUGAGUGAAGUGGAUUGCAUUGUCUAUGCUAUGGGCUCCCUUUUUACAUCAAUCUGCCCUUCUCUGGUAUUGCUUGGUAUUGGGGAGAUAAUUUCCUCGAGAUCCUGCCCCAAGGUACUUUUGUUGAAUGGUUCACAUGAUAGAGAAACUACUGGCUUAUCUGCUUCUGGCUUCGUGACCGCCAUCACAAAUGCUCUAAAUCGGACUUAUGGAGAUCCUCACAAUUGUCUCAAGAACCUUCCAAGGGCAUACGUCAAUGCCUUGUUGGUGCCCAGGGAUGCUCAAAUUUCGGUAGAUGUUCAGUGUUUGGCUGCCCAAGGAAUCUUUCAUAUUACCGUGGACUGCCUGCAUGAUCCAAAAGUAGGGGUCAUCUUUGAUCCCAAGGCUUUAAUCCAAGCGCUUGCAGAUUUCAUCAGUGAAUUCACAAACACCCAUGCUGUGGGGGCUAUUCGGUGCCAAUAGAGUAUUUGGUGCGAAAAAAGGAUUGGUGAUUGACUCAUGAUUUCUUGGAGCAUCUCUUGGCAGCAUUGGUCCUUUCAGGUGUGUCUCAGAAAUUCUCUGUUGCAUAGCAUUUGUUAAUCUUGUUGUUUGAUUCAUAAUCUCCUUGAAAGGAGCUGUAAUCCCACCUGUAAAUCAAAUCAUAUCUGUAAAUUUCUCCAUGUCUCCAUCAUUAAUAUUAGAGAAAUCAUUAGGUCCUGAUUCAUCUGAA